AUGUCACGAAAUGCCUCAUAUACACGCCUCAAAUCUCCCGUAGAUGAUGAAGAAGAAGUCUACUCACCUCCACUACUACCACGCCAGUCACGCGAUUCAGAAGAUUCUCUCCGUGCUCUCGAAAUCUCUGAGGGUCCAUUGACCUCGAUGUCUCCGAGGCAACGAGGGCGUUCUUAUUCUAUAUCGGGGUUCGACUUCCAGCAAGACCUACUACCGCUUACAUCCAGUUUGAGUGAUCCGGAAGCUGUUAUACACGCCGAGGCAGGCGAAAAGAAUCUCGGACUAAUAAACGGUGCGCUUGGAAACAAUACCUCUGCUCUAUGCCUGACUUGUAAACCACUCGGCGAAGGAAUUGCUCUUGUCGUUGGCCUACAAAUUGGCUCUGGCAUCUUUUCAUCACCUGGUGUUGUUGUCGCGAAUACACAUAGCGUCGGUGCCAGUCUCACUGUGUGGCUAGUUUCUGGUCUGCUUGCCUGGACCGGUGCUAGCAGUUUCGCCGAACUAGGUUCUGCCAUCCCUUUGAACGGUGGAGCACAGGCCUACCUUGCAUACGCGUAUGGCCCUUUGAUUUCAUAUUUGUUCGCUUGGACAGCUAUCAUAGCCCUCAAACCUGGAGGGAACGCUGUGAUCAGCCUUAUUUUCGCAGAAUAUUUGAAUCGCAUAUUCUGGCAUACCACUCGCGAUGAUGUAUCACCGGACGACCUCCCUCAAUGGGCUAUCAAGCUGACCGCGAUAGGCGCCGUUCUUUUCGUGACAUUGCUAUGUAUUGCUGCACGUAAUUUGGGCUCUCGGGCAGCCGUCAUCUUCACUAGUGUCAAAGUAUUGGCGCUUGUGUCCGUCACCAUUCUCGGCAUCGUCCAACUAGCACGCGGGCGUGCAUCGACGUCACUCACUACACCGUUAUUUGAAGGCUCAAGUCGGAGCCCUUCAGCCUACUCCCUAGCCCUCUAUUCCGGCUUGUGGGCCUUCGAUGGCUGGGACCAAGCUAAUUAUGUCGGCGGAGAGCUUACGAAUCCCGAGAAGAAUAUACCACGCGCUAUCCAUUCCAGCAUGGCCAUUGUGACAGUACUCUUUUUGCUGGCAAACGUAUCAUAUUUUGUCGUCCUUGAUAAGGCGACCGUUGGUUUGAGUAAUACGGUGGCGAUGGACUUCGGACGAAAGUUGUUUGGCCCCGUUGGGGGUUUCGUCUUUGCGUUCAUGGUCGCUUUCUCAUGCUUUGGGGCUCUAAAUGGAUCUUUCUUCACGACAUCACGCCUUAUCUACGCUGCUGGGAGGGAGCAUUUUCUUCCUGAAGUAUUCGGUCGGCUGCACAAAAGCCGCGGAACACCCCUCAACGCGUCCCUUCUGCAAGCUGCAAUCACCAUAACGUUCAUCCUGAUUGGUGGGGGUUUCAGAUCACUGAUCAACUUCUCCGUCGUGGCUUCGUGGGGCUUUUACUUCCUCACUGUACUAGGACUUGUGAUCCUACGCGUAAAGGAACCGAAUCUUGAGAGGCCGUACAAGACUUUUAUUAUCACGCCUCUAACAUUCUGCGGCGUCGCGCUGUUUUUGUUGUGCAUGCCCAUCAUUGCGGCGCCCCUUGAGGCUAUGGCGGUAUUAGGGUUCGUGGCUGCUGGCAUUCCGGUCUACUACAUUACCCAUCGCAAGAGUGAAGAAUUGCCUAGACCAUUAGCAUUCCUCCGUUCCCCACAUCCUCAGACAAUUUGCCUUCUCGAUAACAAACGGGCAUCAAUCUCCAUGUCCGAUCACACGUACAAGUUCGAUGUCAAGAUGACCUGCUCUGGAUGUUCGGGAGCAGUUGAGCGAGUUCUCAAGAAGACAGACGGCGUGUCCAGCUACGACAUAAGCCUCGAGAAGCAAGAAGUUCUCGUCAAAGGAAGCAUCCCGUACGACGAUCUCCUGGAGAAGAUUAAGAAGACGGGCAAAGAGGUCCGUUCUGGCACAACCAUUGAGUAA